AUGACUACUCGCUACCGCGUCGAAUACGCACUGAAAACCCAUCGACGGGAUCAGUUUAUAGAAUGGGUCAAAGGCCUCCUCGCCGUCCCAUUCGUCCUCCACUCUCAGCCUACAGGCGUUUUUGAGACACGGACCAAUAGCGUCAAGAUGAUGGCCGCUGAAGCACAUAGACGAUACUGGGAAAUCAUGAGGGAUGUAGAAGUGAUGAUUGACGAUCAUAUCGCCCACCAAGAAGUUAACCUGCACGGACAAUCAAAGCUUAAGCUACUAGUCCCGAGUAUAGGAACCUUCUUUACGAGAUUGCCAUUGGCCGAUGCCUUUAUCUAUCAGGACAAGAAGCGGUUCAUCUCGUCGAGGCGUUUUGUUCCGCCUAGUUUUAAUGAUGUGAGGUUGAUUCUCAACACCGCGCAGUUGAUGGGUGUUACGGCUGCGGGGCCGGUGGAUUUGGCUACAUUUGAUGGUGAUGUUACUUUAUACGAUGAUGGCCAGAGCCUGGAAUCUAGUAACCCUGUCAUUGAGAGGAUCCUAUAUUUGAUGAGUAAGGAUACGAAGAUUGGAAUCGUGACUGCGGCUGGCUAUACAGAGGCCGAGAAAUACUAUGGGCGACUACAUGGGCUGCUCGACGCUGUGAAGGCGUCUACGAUACUUUCGCCUGCUCAGAAGCAAAAUCUCAUAAUAAUGGGUCAGUAUACUCCUGUCAAUGACCUUGCCGAAUCCUCCCUCCGAGAAUGCGUAGCCAACCUCUCCCUCCCCGCCACUAUUCUCCGCAAAGAGCGAGCCGUAGGCAUCAUCCCUUCUAUACCAGGCCAUAAAUUCGCGCGAGAAUCAUUAGAGGAAACGGUGUUGGUUGUGCAGAAAAAACUGGAGAUGAGUGCAGUAGGGCGGAUGUUGCCGUUUUGUGCCUUUAAUGGUGGGAAUGAUGUUUUUGUCGACAUUGGCGAUAAAAGUUGGGGAGUGCUGGUUUGCCAGGAGUAUUUUGGUGGGGUUAAGGGGGGGAGAAUUGGGGGCGAGAGGACGCUACAUGUUGGGGAUCAAUUUUUGAGUGCGGGGAGCAAUGAUUUCAAGGCCCGCGUGGUGGGGACAACGGCUUGGAUUGCGAGUCCUGGGGAGACGGUUGAAUUGUUAGACGAGUUGAGGGGGUUGAUUGAGGGGAGGGAGGUAGAUGGCGUGUAG